CCGCGAGAGAUGCUGCGCGCUCUCGAGCCGUUCAUGGCCGCCGCCGCCGCUCGAACCCCGUCUCGUUCGUGUUGCCGAAGCUCGCGUGCCUGCGUCUCGGUCCCGGGGUCCGCGAGCGAGCCAGCACGCGGCCCGCCCGCUCACGGUCCCACCGGCCGACCGUUGGUGACGAUACGUACAGCAGGUUUACCGGAGAAACUCCGUUAACGCAGAAACGCCAUUUUGUUUUUUAUGUUUGUGAAACAGCAGCCGGACUGUCCGCCAUGUUACUGAAACAACUCCCUCAGAUACCGUCUGAAACCUCCGGUAAACGGCUGUUUCUACCGCUGACACUAAGUUACACGGUUAACGUUUAAACGGGUUGAACCCGUGCUGUGCCACAAAUAUCCUAAUCUUCACGUUUAGCGGUGUUUAAAGUCAAUUUCAGCCGAGAAAAGUUUGAUUUCUGUUACCGAAUUUGCGUUACCAUCCUAGGACGGAGAAGGAAUGACCUGCCCUACUCUGCCUCUGAUUGGCUCAUCCUGGUGUUCAUACUCUAACCCUAAACAAUCCAACCACGAGGGCAGCGAGUACCAGCCAAUCAGCGGCAGAGUGGGGCGGGACAUUCCUUCGCCGUCCUAGGAAAACGCGAACAGCCAAGGUGGUUUCAGCGAUAGUUGGAGUAAAAUGUAUCCGAGGAAAGGUGACCGGGAGCCGGGUACAGAGCACCGUGAUGUGGCGGAGGUUCCAGCGGCCGUUAGAGUUGACUUAAGGCCGAGAAAAAGUACCUUUCCUUCGGCAACGAAAGUUAAGACACCAAGACGACCGGUUAAGAUUAGAAAAAAGGAAAGAAAGAAAGAACUCCUGAUCUAUUGUGCUAAAUCAAUGUUAGCUUCGCAGAUGCUAGUCCGUUAGCCUAGCCCACUUUAGUCCGAGUUAAAUGCACUCCCGUAUCAGAGCCUCCGGUACCGGCUGUUAGCGGAUAAAAACCCGGUCUGUUCCGGUAAAUACUGUCGGUAUGCUCGAUGUUAACAGCUAGCUGCUGUCUGUCCCCAAAAUGGAUCAGGAAGCGUGCACACGCUUUGGUGCGCGUGUCCGCUGUACAAAAGAUGUGCGAGACCGUGAAGUACGUGGACAGUGAACACACCGCGGUGUUCCUGCGGCUGCUGAACGAGCAGCGCCUGGAGGGCGAGCACUGCGACAUCGCCGUGGUCGUCGAGGACGUCAAGUUCCGCGCUCACCGCUGCGUGCUCGCCGCCUGCUCCAACUACUUCAAGAAACUCUUCAAGAAACACGAGGUGGACAACUCGUCUGUGAUCGAGAUCGACUUCAUCCGGUCGGACAUCUUCGAGGAGGUUCUGAACUACAUGUACACGGCCAAGAUCUCCGUCAGGAAACGGGACGUCAACCUGAUGAUGUCAUCGGGGCAGAUCCUGGGGAUCCGCUUCCUCGACAAACUCUGCUCACAGAAACGAGACGUGUCAUCAGAGGACAAAGACAAGUUUCCGUACGACAUCGUGAAGAUGGCGCUGCCGCCUGAAGCUCAGCUGGCCGCCGACGCCGAGGUUCUCGGGGAGCAUGAUGACGCACACACCACAGAUGACCUCGUCGAGGCGUCGGCCAAUCAGGAGCUAGAUAAGUCUCCCAGUGCAGCUUUGCGUGUCCAGGAAGCCAUCCUGAAAGAAUUGACCAAUGAGGACGUACACAAGGUGACCUGCUAUGACCAGGAUGUGGUGGCGGAGAUGGAGGCGGAGCCUAAGGACCUGGGGGCGGAGCACCACGGCGCCCAGACGCUGGCGUUUGCCGACAGUAUCGGCGAGGUGAAGGACGAGCAGCCGCCCGGCUGGACCACGGCCACCACCGACAUGAAGUUUGAGUAUCUGCUGUACGGACACCGAGAGACGCUCAACUGCCCCGUCUGUGGCAAGAGCUUCCUGGGGCGAGCCGCUCAAGAUGCAGCACAAGCACAGGGGCUACACUCCAGGCCGGCCCGUUCGAUCUGUGAGAUCUGCACCAAAGCUUUCACCACCCAACACCUGAAGAUCCACACGGGCUUCAAGCCCUACAGGUGUGACGUUUGUGGGAAAUCGUUCAUUCGAGCUCCGGACCUGAAAAAACACGAACGAGUUCACAGCAACGAGAGGCCGUUCGCCUGCCAGAUGUGUGAGAAGGCAUUUAAACACAAGUCUCACCUGAAGGACCACGAGAGGAGACACCGAGGAGAGAAACCGUUCGUCUGUCCGUCCUGCACCAAAGCCUUCGCCAAGGCCCGUGCUCUGACCAGCGCCCACGAGAACAACAUGCACAGCGAGAGGAAACAGCUGAACCCGCUGCAGAGCGACACGGAGACGCUGCAGGCCGCCGCCAUGGCUGCCGAGGAGCAACAUCUGGACAGCAUCAGCUGAUCCCAACAUCUGGACAGCAUCAGCUGAUCCCAACAUCUGGACAGCAUCAGCUGAUCCUCCUAAACAUCUGGACCACAUCAGCUGAUCCUCCUAAACAUCUGGACCACAUCAGCUGAUCCCAACAGCUGGACCACAUCAGCUGAUCCUCCUAAACAGCUGGACCACAUCAGCUGAUCCUCCUAAACAGCUGGACAGCAUCAGCUGAUCCUCCUAAACAGCUGGACCACAUCAGCUGAUCCUCCUAAACAGCUGCUGGACAG